GAGGAGGAUGGAGCCGCGCCGUGCCCGCUGGGUCCCCGCGCCGCUGCUCUGCCUGGGUUUCCAUCUUCUACAAGCAGUUCUCAGUACAACUGUGAUUCCUUCAUGUAUCCCAGGAGAGUCUGAAGAUAACUGCACAGCUUUAGUUCAGACAGAAGAUAAUCCACACGUGGCUCAAGUGUCAAUAUCAAAGUGUAGCUCUGACAUGAACGGCUACUGUUUUCAUGGACAGUGCAUCUACCUGGUAGACAUGAGUGAAAAUCACUGCAGGUGUGAAGUGGGUUACACUGGUGUCCGAUGUGAGCACUUCUUUUUAACCGUCCAAAAGCCUCUGAGCAAAGAAUAUGUGGCUUUGACUGUUAUUCUUGUUAUCUUGUUCCUCGUCGUAGUUGCUGGCUCUGUAUACUAUUUCUGCAGAUGGUACAGAUAUCGAAAAAGUAAAGAACCAAAGAAGGAAUAUGAAAGAGUGACCUCAGGGGAUCCAGCAUUGCCACAAGUCUGA